UAAGGAGCAUGUGUGAGAAUUCAAGCAUUUGCAAAGAAAUAGACAAUCAAUGAUACAUUUCCCUCCUUUGUGCCUCCUUUUUUUUUAUUGACACUGCUCCUUGGUCAGGGAGUCAUUUUAUUUUGGCGGGCAGUUAUAUCUGUACUAUAAAAGGAAAAUUAUGAAUUCCUCUAAUCGAUGUUCAUAGUAACCAUUGCUAUGGUAAAAAAGGGGAGGGUGGAUUUAUAAAAAAGAGGAGGAGAAAGUUAAUUAAAGAGGUGGUAUCAGAUGAGAUUGUGUGGUGUGGUGGCUUAUCUGGCAUUGAAUCUUGGUUUUAUCCAUCUUUUUUCCUUUUUCUCUCUUUAGUAUUAUGCCACACCUUGAAUUACUGGCAACUUUAGAAGGCCACCAAGACCGUGUUUGGCAAGCAGCUUGGCACCCAACAAAGACGCUACUUGCUACUUGUUCAGGCGAUAAAACAGUCCGUUUAUGGCAACCUGCUUCACAUGACAACUUUAAAGAAUGGCACUGUGUCGAGACACUAGAAGGUGCACAUAAACGUACUAUUCGUAGUGUUGCUUGGUCUCCCACAGGCAAUGAAAUAGCCACAGCCAGUUUCGACGCUACGACAGGUAUUUGGGAGAACGAUCCCCGAGACAACGAUUGGGAAUGUGUGGCUACUUUAGAAGGUCAUGAAAACGAGAUCAAGUCUGUCUCUUGGUCUUCUACAGGUGCAUUGCUAGCCACAUGUAGUCGUGACAAGAGUGUUUGGAUUUGGGAAGUAGAAUCAGAUAACGAUUUCGAAUGCUUGAGUGUGUUGCAGGAGCAUACACAGGAUGUCAAAAUGGUAGCAUGGCAUCCUAAAUUAGAAAUUUUGGCUUCUGCUAGUUAUGAUGAUACUAUCAAGAUUUGGAAAGAAGAUGAUGAUGACUGGUACUGUGCUGAUACGUUAGAGGGACACACUUCUACUGUGUGGUCAUUAGAUUUUAAUGCUGAAGGAGACCAGAUUGUCUCUGCCUCUGAUGAUCAAACAUUACGUAUCUGGAAGAUGUAUAAGCCCAACAAUUCUCAAGGUAUCCCUACACACAAUGGUGAAGCUACUUGGAAGUCUAUCUGUACAUUAUCUGGAUUCCAUGAUAGAUGUGUUUAUUCUGUAUCAUGGUCAAAAGUAAACAAUUACAUUGCAAGUGUCAGUGGUGACAACAGCAUUCGUAUUUUUGAAAAGGAUAUAGAAGCUACACAGGAUGAAGAUUCACCCAUCUAUAAGAAUGUGACAUCAACAACCGAUGCUCAUGGUGUGUAUGAUAUCAAUGGUGUUGCAUGGUUCCCUAAUGAAAAGCAUGGUGAUUGGUUGUCUACAGUGGGUGACGAUGGCCUUGUUCGUAUCUGGAGACUUGUUGAAUAAAAUCACGUAGUGUUCAUUUGAGACCAUAGUUCAUUCAAAAAUCCAGAGAUUUCGUUUAUAUGAGUCAUGACGCGUUCUUUCUCUUUAUCAGAUCCUUCGAAACGCUUCAUAUAACGCGUAACGAACUUGUCUGGAUGAUAUCUGGCUUGCUCUUUACGUACAUUCUUUUUGUUUUCUGCUUCUGAGAGUGUAGGAUCAAUCACAAAUUGACGCACUGCUUCUAAUGUGAAUUCUCUUCCAAUCAUUGGCCAAGGGACAUCCUUUUUGUGUAUUGUCUGCAGUGACUCGAG